CUUCCAUGUGACUUGCAGAGUUCCAUUGUUGCAUUGCAUGUAUUUAUAUCCAACAUCAGCUUCACACUUAGUGUACUCUGCUCUCUGCUCUCUCUCUCUCUCUCUCAAGUUUCAACCAUGAAGCGAGGCUUUCACUCUAGUGCUCUUAUCCUUGCCCUUCUACUAUUGCUUCUUUCCUGCUCAAAAAUAUCUUCCCGUUCCAUAGCAAACAAACAAGGACAAGUGGAAGUAAAACUCAAUGAAAUCGCUUCUGGGGAUUCCUUUGCAGACUUGGAAGGCAGUGAAUCCAUGAAUCAGCUCAUGGGGAUGGAGAAUUGUAACGAGGGAGAUGAAGAAUGCUUAGAGAGAAGGGUGCUUUCUGAGGUUCACUUGGACUACAUCUACACCCAGCACCAUAAGCCUUGAAAGUUGGAGCUUCCAAAAAAUAAGUUCCAUAUGUAUUUAUUUAGAGAUCCUGUCUCUUAAUACUAUUUCAUAAUGUUUUUUAACUAUAACACUCAGGAGAGUUACUAGUAUGUGUUUAAGGUUGAAUUAUCUUUUCUUUAUGAUACGAUGUAACUCUCACCUAUAAUUUAGAUAUGACCAUUUCUAGGUUAUCAAAAAAAAAAAAAAAAAAAA